UCCAGGAGCUGGGAGCGGGUGACCGGCUGUGGGGAAGCGGCCUGGGUUGGCCCUCCGAUUGCGGGGUCCUGGGGGCUUCUCGCCGCGUACCCCCGUGGCCCGCCUACAAGGCCUUCCCCGGGCCAGAGCAAUGGCCGCCGAGAACAGCAAGCAGUUUUGGAAGAGGAGCGCCAAGCUGCCGGGGAGCAUCCAGCCUGUGUAUGGAGCACAGCACCCUCCUCUGGACCCUCGGCUCACCAAGAACUUCAUUAAAGAACGGUCAAAAGUCAAUGCAGUUUCUCUGAAGAAUAAGAAGGCCUCCAGUUUUCAUGAAUUUGCCCGGAAUACCAGUGAUGCUUGGGACAUUGGCGAUGAUGAAGAAGAGGACUUUUCCUCCCCUUCUUUCCAAACUCUGAACUCAAAAGUUGCUUUAGCAACUGCAGCCCAAGUCCUGGAAAACCACAGCAAGCUGAGGGUGAAACCAGAACGGUCCCAGUCGACGACAUCCGAUGUUCCUGCCAGCUACAAGGUCACAAAGUCCAGCAGUGAUGCCCAGCUGUCCAGAAAUUCCAGUGAUUCAUGCCUGAGGAACCCGCUCCACAAACAGCAGUCACUCCCUCUCCGACCCAUCAUCCCCCUCGUUGCCCGGAUCUCAGACCAGAACGCUUCUGGGGCUCCCCCCAUGACUGUCCGGGAGAAAACCCGCCUGGAAAAGUUCCGUCAGCUUCUCUCCAGCCACAACACUGACUUAGAUGAACUGAGGAAGUGUAGCUGGCCAGGGGUUCCCAGGGAGGUUCGACCCGUAACCUGGAGACUCCUGUCGUCCUGUCUACAGGGCUAUCUCCCUGCAAACACCGAGAGGAGGAAGUUGACCCUGCAGCGGAAGCGGGAGGAAUAUUUUGGCUUCAUUGAACAGUAUUAUGACUCUCGAAAUGAGGAACAUCACCAGGAUACCUACAGACAGAUUCACAUUGACAUUCCAAGGACGAAUCCUCUCAUUCCAUUGUUCCAGCAACCACUUGUUCAGGAGAUCUUCGAAAGAAUUCUAUUUAUUUGGGCCAUCCGACACCCUGCCAGUGGGUAUGUCCAGGGAAUUAAUGACCUGGUCACUCCGUUCUUUGUCGUCUUCCUCUCAGAAUAUGUGGAAGAGGAUGUGGAGAACUUUGACGUGACCAAUUUGUCUCAGGAUAUGCUGCGAAGCAUUGAAGCUGACAGCUUUUGGUGCAUGAGCAAGCUGCUGGAUGGGAUCCAGGAUAACUACACCUUUGCACAACCAGGGAUCCAGAAGAAGGUCAAGGCGCUGGAAGAGCUUGUCAGCCGGAUCGAUGAGCAGGUACAUAAUCACUUCAGGAGGUACGAGGUUGAAUACCUACAGUUUGCCUUUCGUUGGAUGAACAACCUGCUUAUGCGGGAGCUCCCCCUUCGCUGCACCAUCCGCUUGUGGGACACGUACCAGUCUGAACCAGAAGGGUUCUCCCACUUUCAUCUCUACGUGUGUGCAGCCUUCUUGAUCAAGUGGAGGAAAGAGAUCUUGGAUGAGGAGGACUUUCAGAGGCAGGUGUUAGUGGAUCGGAGAAUCAGCAGAGGCUUUUCAAGGCUUCCUGAAGGGUCUCCUCAUGCUGCUACAAAACCUACCUACGAUACACUGGGGCAACGAAGAGAUUGGGUUGCUCCUUGCCGAGGCGUACAGACUCAAGUACAUGUUUGCUGAUGCCCCUAAUCACUACCGCCGAUAGGUGCUGCCUCCCCGCGGGGAUCCAGACUGCCCCCAUCUCUGAUGGCAAUCUGAUCACUGUGGCCACUGUGCGAGCCGUGGACCCCGGCCAGGAGCCACUCCUGCUGUAAAAAGCUCACGUCCGCCGCCCAGGUCUUAACUUCUUGGCGUGCCUGUCCACCACUCCAUGUGUCGGGAUGGGUCUCUUGGACCACUAUCAGUAUUCCAUGCCGUGUGGAUGGGCCCAGCUCUGGGAGAGGACAGAAAAGGAGGUACAGGGUUGUCUGCCCCUUUAAAAGAAACUGGACAAAAGAAGGGGAAGGCUCAGGGUCUCAACUCACAUCGUCCCUACACAGACUGGCUGUCAUUUGCCUCCCAGCCCCAGCUGAUACUGUUGCUUUUUGUGACAUAGUUUUAUUUGAUCACAGGUCAAAAACGCCUUAUGUUUUCAAAAGACUCCUGGCCCCUCCGCCCUCUCCCCUGCUCCUGGCCGUCUCCCUUCUGCCCUAGUCUGAGCCAGUGAGGGGCAGCUUUUUAAGACCAUUGUUUUCAGGUGGAGGAGGCAUUGAUGCUUAGAACUCUGGGAAGAGGCCUAUACCCAAGGGCUAGGAAUUUUGUUUUUCCUUUUCUCACCAAUGUGUGUGUGUGUGGGUGGGUGGGUUUACACACCCAUCAGCAUUUAGUUACAUGUCUGAAUUUCUGUGUCCGGACUAGCCCCAUGAAAACCAGCUGGCAAGGGCCCCAGUGACCAAGUGUACGAGCGUCCCUUGAGAAGGAUCAGGGCAGGGGAGUGAGAAGGGACGUUUUACCUCUCCACAUCCUUUUUCCAUGAUGACCCACUCCAAGAUAUUAUGUGUAAAUUGUGUUAUUAUGUAUAUGGGUAAAGAUGUACAAAUAUAUGUCCUCUUUGUAGCAGAUAUGAUUUUAUAUUUAUAAUGUGCAUUGACAUGUGAAAGCAAUCUCGGUCACUAGCACACAUGAAGUUGCCAGACAGGUGGCUUCAGCGCCUCCAGGCUGGGUUCUGAGUGCCCUCCUGUGAGGGAAGUGAAUGGGCGUCUGCUAGGGUGAGCAUAGCUGAGCAGAUGGAGCUGCCUUGAAAACCGCUGGCAGCCAUCCCAAGCAUCAGCGUCUCAGAGUUUUUCUCUCCUCCCCUCUCUUCCCACCCCUCCCCGGGCCUUUCUGGAGCGUCUGCCCUGCUCCUUCCCCUCUUCAGCAGACAGAGCUCCCCACCCUUCAUUCCCACCACCUCCCAGAGAGAGGACUACAGAGGCAGAAGCCCUUCUGCAUGUUUUUAGCCCCUGCCUUUCCCCCAGAAUCUGGGGAGGGCUUUUGUUUUUUACAUAUUUAAGUCAGCAUUGUAUUCAAGACAGAAGCUGUGACUGACUUGUCCGUGCCAAGGAAAGAGGUUUCCUGUGUGUCCCUGGGGUUUGGGGCUCUUCUCAGAGAGAGACAUUCGAUGUCCCCCGAUGUCACCAUCACACCCCACACAGCUCAUGAGAUGUGUGACCCAUGUUCAAUUUUUGGUGUUUGGUAAUUAAGUGGGAGGCAUGGUGGCAAGCAGUUGUCAUCCUCUUGGGAAGUCGAGCAUUGUCCCCAUGGGUGACACCCUUGUGUCUCUGCCAGUGAAGCCCCACCACGGCAUGUUACAUUUCUCAUCUGGAGCUGUUUCUCAGGCAUUCUUCCUAACCUUUUUCUUUUCCCCCUUCAGUGUGCCUCGAUAGUCUCCUUCGCAGAGUGAGAGGGCUUGUGACCUCCCUCAACUGGACUAAUUAAAGAAAGACACUUGUGUUCCCAAGUGGUGGUUUUAUUUUUUUAGUUUUUAUGUUUGUAUGGGAAAUUGUGGAUAAAGUGAAAGAAUUGUAAAUAAAUAGUGUAUUUCCUCCUCCA